AUGCAAAGCAUGAACCAGAGGUCGAAUGCCUUACAAAGUGUACUUGGUAUCUUCUUACAGUUGACACAUACCCCUCAGAAAGUCGUUGACACACUCUCACGCAUCGGAAUCUUGAUAUCUACUAACUCAAUCUGCGCUGCUAUUCAAUCGCUGUCAGCCGAGUUGCAAAAUACUCUCCGAACCAUUGGAAAAUCCCUGCUCGCAUCAUAUGCUUAUGAUAACUUUGAUGUCGACCUAAAAUCUCAAGUUCCUCAGGCCGAGAAGUCAAACGAAUCAUUAAAGCACCUCACCUCCGGUUUACUAUUUCCAUUGGAGCAUGGAGUCACCACAGAUGACUUAAAGUGCUCAGAGGAGUUGUGGAGACGGACAAUGCUCAAUCCCCAUGCACAGCCAUCCAUGCUACCGCCAAAAAGAUCAUGGAAGGAUCUUUUGCAUAUCCACCUGGAAUCACGGGUCGACUCCACACCCCAACUCUCCCAACAUGAUCGGUUCAACGCCCACAUGUUCUUGUUGGACUUGUGCAAACACAGGCCAUUGUACUUUCGUUGUUUUCGAUCUGAAGUCCCCGAGGCUGAAGCUGUUGAAGAGAUACCAUUAAUUAAAACACCAAUCACAGCUGCACGUGCUAUGGAUAUCAAUAACCCAACUGUCAGCGGUAACAUUUGUGCAGUCAUGGAACUACUGGCGCAGGGUGGCAUCUACAAUCCUGACGCCAACAUCCUUGACAAUCCCGACAUCUCACAAUAUGUUAUCUUGGUUCACAGUGACCUCGGAACUGGAGAAUGGCUGCAUUUAAUGCGUGAUGUAACACAACUUCGACCUAAGGAGAUGGGAACGUACUGCUUGAAGCCAGGAUUCCGGCGGAUGCACCAACUGAUAGGCUAUGCUGGCAUAUGUCAGUGGCUUGAUUGUUGCCUCAAGGCAUUUGCAGCCUCCAAACCAACCCUUGAUGAGUUAAAGAUCAUCGCAAACGAGAUAGCGUUGAAAUACCAGCGGGAUAUGCAACAUGAAAACACGCUCCUACUCAACAAAUAUUUCCUCCUCUAUGAGGAGUUAUCUUACUCGAUGAACCACGGAGAUAUUGGGCGAGUAGAGACGUCUAUUGUAGCAUGGAUUCCGAUCCUUAAUGCCACAGGAAAACAUAAGUAUGCUACACACAUGACAAACUUCUUGAUCAACACGCACUUUGUUUUUCCUACUGGCCUAAAGCAUGCUGUGCAUUACCACAUCCUCAUCAACCCAAAUGGAAAGGCGAUGAAGUGGCGAGCAGUUGAUUGGUGUGUUGAGCUAAACAACCUGUUUAUGAAGGUGAAGAAUGGUGGGAAGGGGUCCAACCGCACAGUAGAGCGAAUCUUCCUCGAAUCUCCUCUAGUCCAGGCCUAUCGAAACACUCAAGUCAUGGUGCAAAAGAAUUUCCUGCAUGCCCACCUCACAACAAACCAUGCUGCCCCAAAUAUGACGAAAACAUUCGAAGGGUUAUCUAUCAGGAUGGCAGUGCAAUCCCCACAUACUGUGGUACUAGGUAGAAAAACUCAUUGCGAGAUCCCUGACCUCAUUGACAAAGGAAGGGAUAUGAUGGAAAAAGCAGCUCGUGAUGUUAGAGAAAAGGGGGCGGAAAUUGAGGAUAUAUUAAUGGAGCUAUGGUAUGAACAUUAUUACGAGUCUAAGCUGCACGACUGCCUUGAGUGA